AUGCUCAGCACUCUCACCAUCGUCUCCCUACUCUCUGCCGCGGUCUUCGCCCAGGACUCAUUAGUUCCUUCUGGUAUCAGCUCAGAUUGUUCAACGUUCCUCGAGACCGUCAACAACAAUUCAACGAUCCAAUCAUGCCUUUCUCCUGUUAUUGAGGCUAGCAGUUCAUCCUCUGCUUCUGCCUCCACGCUUUCGACCCUCUGCUCAACUAGCAUUUGCGAUGACAGUCUUUUCCGGUCCACCCUCUCCAGCUUCGCCUCGGCAUGCUCUAGCGAACUCACUUCCAACUCGGAUGUGGUUGGGCUCUAUGAUGUCUUGUACAUCAUCUCGCCGAUGAAGACUGCUUUGUGCUCCAAAAGCGAUAGUGGAAGUUACUGUGCCCUUUCUGCCACCUCCACCAGCUCCUCGGCCGCUGCGUCUGCCUCAGGAGCCUCGGCUGCUAUGUUGGCCUCGCAGGCACAACAAUACAUUUCCACUUCUUCUGGAACGAUCAAUAGCACCACGUUCUCUACUACCAACCUUGCGUUCAUGUUCCUUCAGUCAACUCUUACGUCCGCUCAGUGCACCACUUGCACAAGGAACAUCAUGACCUCGUACAUCAACUUUGAAUCGAACGCUCCCUACGCUCCCGGUAUCGCUUCCAGCUCGCUGCUCAGCCAGCAAACUAGCGUGUACAAUGCCAUCACUAGCGUCUGUGGUUCUAACUUCCUGAGUGGUGUCGUUCAGGCUGCUGGUGGGAUCAGCACGGGUUCGAGUGACAACGGAUCGCUCAGGUCUUCUGCCCUUGAUAUCAGGACCAUUGCCGCUGUUAUCGUUGGCAUGACUAUGGCUUUCAUGCUAUGA